AUGGAGCUAAAGGUUCGGUCUCUCCGUGUGACCGAACAACCUGGGCAAGAGGAGAAGGACUAUGCGCAGGCCAUGGCUCAGGAGUCAGAAGAUUUGGAGCAAUCCAGGCUCGACGCCUAUAACCUAAUGCAGGCACAAAAGCAGGUCACGGCGAGGUCCUACAACAAGAAGGUGAAGCAAAGGACUUUCGCCGAAGGCGACUUGGUAUGGCGUGCCGUACUUCCUAUCGGAACUAAGGACCCUCGGUUCAGCAAAUUCUCGCCCAAUUGGGAAGGGCCGUUUAUUAUCGAUCGAAUCCUUGGCCGAUGCGCAUUUCAGUUAAGAGAUAAGGAUGGGGAAUUGCACAACUUGCCAAUAAACAACCAAUAUUUGAAGAAAUAUGCCCCGUCAUUGUGGGAGACGACCGAGAAUGGGUUAUGA